ACCCGCCCCUGUGCUGGGAGCUGAGGCCAGGAGCUGCUUACUGAGCAGAGCUGGAGCCAUUCGGGCCAUCUUCAGCGAGCAGCUGCCAGGAUUCUGGCUGAAGGUGACAUGGUCCCCGGGCACUGAGCUCCAUUCCCCGGAGCCACCUCCCUCCUGCUGCCGGACACCGGGGACAGGGGCCGAAGCUCCGUCGCAAGAAAGGUGAAGGCCAUGAUGAAGACUUUCCACUCCACUCCUGCCAUGCUGAAUGUUCCAGCCAAGAAUUCCUACCGAAUGGUUAUCCUGGGAGCCUCCAAGGUGGGAAAGUCUUGUAUUGUCUCCCGUUUUCUGAACAGCCGGUUUGAGGAGCAGUACACUCCCACCAUCGAGGAUUUCCAUCGUAAGGUCUACAACAUUCGCGGGGAUGUCUACCAGCUUGACAUACUCGACACAUCAGGGAAUCACCCCUUCCCCGCCAUGAGAAGACUCUCCAUCCUGACAGGCGAUGUUUUUAUCCUGGUUUUCAGUCUCGAUAACCGCGGCUCCUUUGACGAGGUCGAGCGGCUGCGGAGGCAGAUUAUUGAGUGUAAGACAUGCCUAAAGGACAAGACAAAGGCGGCGGCGGCGGCCGCCAUUCCCAUGGCGGUGUGUGGGAACAAGUCGGACCGGGCCGAGCUGCACCGGGAGGUGAGGGCCGAGGAGGCCGAGCGCCUGGUCGCCGGGGACGCUAACAGCGCCUACUUCGAGAUCUCCGCCAAGAAGAACUCCAACGUAGAGGAGAUGUUCCGGGCUCUCUUCAGUAUGGCCAAGCUGCCCCAUGAAAUGAGCCCGGCCCUGCACCGCCGGCUUUCGGUACAAUACUCCGAGGCUCUUCACCGCAAGUCGUUCCGCCUGCGGCGCGGGGCCAAGGAGGUCGGCGCUUUCGGGAUGGUAUCACCCCUGGCCCGCAGGCCUAGCCUGAACAGCGACCUGAGGUAUAUCAAGGAGAAGGUGCUGGGCCGUGGGGAGGAUCGUCAGCGAGAGAAAUGUCUUAUCCAGUGACUGGCAGCACCGAGGGGAACAGAUCCAGCCUCUCGGCAUUCACAAUAUAAACUGCAGCUCCUGGUAACUUUAACAUAAUGUCAACCCUUUCAGUAUCAAGUUAUUUCGCGGUGUGAGACCUAAGGGAUUGCUCCAACUAUCUCGGUGCGAUCUCUGUAACAUGCGGGCCAUUGCAGCUCAUUCCCAACUGUUGGCUACUUAAAGGCGUGGGAUGAGUUGUUUCUGGCUGUGGACAACUGUCUCUGUUCACGGCUUCGCGUUUAUUUCUGUGUAAUUCUCAGUACUUUACUGGAUUGAUAUCCUUUCCUUUGUACAAUAUCAUUUCACAGAAUCUGCAGUAACUACCUAAAUGUCUAAAUCUUCUCACGCUACUCUGAAAGUUUAGACUACACUCAAUCCAUCUGCCUGUUCUAAUCCCAUUACCUCCUUCCUACGUGACCACUGUCUCAUCCUGCUCUCAGCCUGUCUUACCCCAACCACUCAGCUUGUGCUUACUGUCUGAUUCUUGUCCAGUCUUCACCCUCCCCACAGCUCCUACCUGCUGCCCCAACCCUGUCCACUGUUCCUUACACACUCUCUUACCCUCUCUUUCUACCCCUACCCAGCUCAUGCCCAAUUUCUCUCUCUCAUUCUUUGUCUGCUCCUGCACCUAGUCCUGACCCUGUCCACUGACUUUCACUGCACACUUCCAGGACACAAGAAUAUAUUAUUUCUGUUCUACACCCAUGCCCCUUUCUGUUGUAUCCAUUUCUCAUUGCUUUCCCUCCAGCUCAUUCCAUUCUAGUCAUGUUUUCUGCAGUGAGAUUCAAUAAAGGUGAAACUUGCCAUAA